AUGAAAGAUGAAGAGAUGAUAGUUGAUUAUUUGCAAAGAAUGGAUGAGACUAUAAGUGCUAUAAGAAGACUCAGAGAAGAAUUCAGGAUGAAGUUACUGUCAAAAAGGAAACUCAAAAGAGGCUCAGGAAAGUACAAAGGGAAGUUGCCUUUCAAAUGUUUCAAUUGUGGCAAUAUUGGACAUUUUGCAUCUAAAUGCCCUUAUGGAGAAAAUAAUGAAGAUGGAAAGAAAACCAUGAAGUCUUUUGGCAAGGAAAAGAUGAAGAAUUAUUACAAGACAAGGAGAAGAAGUUAUAAGAAUAAGAACAAUCUUUACACUUUUGAAAAUGAUGCCUCUGAUGAAAAAAGUGUUUCUGAAGAUUUCUGCAGUGAAGGUGAAAGAGAAAUUAAUCUCUUUAUGGCACAAGGAGAAUUAUUUGAUGAACACAUUGUUGAUGAUGAAGAAGAGGAAAUAGAAGCUAAAGUAUACCUUGAAAUUGAACUUAUAAGUGCAUUAGAGGAACUUAGAAAAGUAAGAAGAUAA